CACACGGCCACCUGCACUCUUCUUCCCCGGACACGCCUGCGCCUCCCCACGAGAGAUGAUGCAGAACAAGGUGGACGUGCGGGGGGCCCCCCUGAGCACGGCUCCUGCCACGACCACGGUGAUCAAUGUCCCGGUGGAGACGGUCGUGCCCGACCACGUCGUCUGGUCCCUGUUCAACACCAUCUUCCUGAACUGGUUCUGCCUGGGCUUCGUGGCCUUCGUCUACUCCGUGAAGGCCAGGGACCGGAAGAUGGUGGGCGACCUGACCGGGGCGCAGAGCUUCGCCUCCACAGCCAGGUGCCUCAACAUCUGGGCGCUGGUCCUGGGACUCCUCCUGACCAUCAUAUCCAUUGUCCUCCUGGGCAUGGCCUACGCCGCGGCCUACGGGGCCCUGUUACAGGCCAUGCAGCAGAACGGCCGCUACCACUAGGAGCCCCCGCAGGACGCCCCGGGCCCCUCCUCGCCCGCCGGCCGCGCCCCAGCCCCCAGCCCUCUACUCCAGGUGCA